AUAGGGAGCAGGGCAGGGAGCAGGCAGGGAGGGAGGGAGCAAGGCAGUGAGCAGGCAGGGAGCAGACAGGGAAUAGGGAGCAGGCAGUGGGCAGUGUCGGAGGGCACCGGCAGCGCAGCGGGCAGGGAGCAGGCAGUGGGCAGGCAGGGAAUGGGGAGCGGGCAGCGGGCAGCGUCAGCGGGCAGUGUCGGAGGGCACCGGCAGCCCCGCUCGCUACCCGCUCCGCUGACACCCGCGGGGAGGGAGCAGGCAGUGGGCAGGCAGGGAGCAGACAGGGAAUGGGGAGCGGGCAGCGGGCAGUGCCAGCGGGCAGUGUCGGAGGGCACCGGCAGCCCCGCGGGCAGGGAGCAGGCAGGGAGCAGACAGGGAAUGGGGAGCGGGCAGCGGGCAGUGCCAGCGGGCAGUGUCGGAGGGCACCGGCAGCCCCGCGGGCAGGGAGCAGGCAGGGAGCAGACAGGGAAUGGGGAGCGGGCAGCGGGCAGUGCCAGCGGGCAGUGUCGGAGGGCACCGGCAGCCCCGCGGGCAGGGAGCAGGCAGGGAGCAGACAGGGAAUGGGGAGCGGGCAGCGGGCAGUGCCAGCGGGCAGUGUCGGAGGGCAGUGUCGGAGGGCACCGGCAGCCCCGCUCGCUGCCCGCUCCGCUGACACCCGCGCACGGCCAAUGGGCUCGGGCGCUCCACCUGCCAUCCCCGGCGCGCCCAAUGGCGGCGCGGCCCCGGCGCUGCGCCCUCCCCGGCCAAUGGGAGCCGGCGCUGGCUCUCGUUAAUGAUGCAGCAGUCCAGGGAAGACUAUCACAUGUGAGCUGGCCGCCUGCCAGCAUGGAGACACCGAGAGAGCAAGCUGGUGUGGAAGCGUCUGGAAGGCACUCGUCUACCUGUCCCCAGUGCUUUUAAAAACUGGACGACGUGCCCUGCAAUGAUCACUGCGUCACCGUUUGCCACUUUGCGAACUACGCAGUGACAAACCUCCGAGCUCCGAAUCUCAGGGCGCCUGUUAACCCCUGCACCAACCCCUGGCUGACAUGCCAGCCUCCAGGGACACGGGGGGGGGAUAAACAGCCCAGACAAACCAGGAAAACAGCAGUCUUUGCAAAGUUGUCAUCUCUCCCCCACGACUACUACCCUCCUCUGCAGUACAGCAAUGCCGGCAGGAGUGACAUUAGUACAACCUGUGCCGUCGCUCCAUUGAGAAAACAGCUCUGACGCAGAACAGAGCAAUCCUACCCAGCCAAAAUAAUAAUAAAAGCACUUUGGGAUCCGAACUUAGGGACGCCGGGGGAAAGGGACGCCCUGCAAAUAAUCCAAAUACGUAGCUGCAGCUCCAGCCCCAUCCUGAUCAAAG